AAAGAAAGAGAGAAGGGGACUUUCUCCCUAGGAAGGGAAAAUAACAUUGUUGCCCCAAUAAGAUUUCUCUCUCUUUUUCCCUUUGAGAACCCUUCAUUUUCGGUCAUCAUUCAGGUAAUCUUUUAUCUUCUUUGCAUGGCAAUCUAUGAGGGGCAUUGAGGAAUUGUUGAGACAAAAAAUUAACGGUAAAGAUUGUUUUUCCGACGCUGCGUGUAGAUUUCACGCUCAAUCUUGGCAGGAAGUUCAGCGUCGUAAACAUGGAAAAUUCUCCUUCUUCUUCUCCUCCUUCUCCAAAUUCUUCUUCUUCAUCUUCUCCUCCUCCUCCUUCUCCGUCUUCGCCUCCUGACUCUUCUCCUCCUCCUUCUCCACCUCCGCCUUCUUCUUCUUCUCCCCCACCAUCUUCACCUUCACCAUCGAAAUCUGACUCUCCUCCACCACCAUCUCCUGAAUCAUCACCACCACCGAAAUCCAAUUCAUCUCCUCCUCCAUCCCCUGAUAAAUCAGCACCUCCAAAAUCCGACUCUCCUCCUCCUGCAUCACCACCUCCGACAAAUUCAGCUCCUCCUCCGCCAUCACCCUCUGAUUCUUCUCCUCCGUCGCCCAAAUCAUCAAAUUCUUCUCCUCCUUCCGAUACACCUAAUACACAAUCACCACCACCCUCCCCCUCAUCACCCCCACCACCAACCACAAACACAAAAACUCCUCCUCCCAAAAUCGCCUCCCCUAACAUACCAAAUUCUCCUCCAUCACCUGCAUUCUCUCCACCAGUUCCUAAUUCUCCGGAUUCAUCUCUAUCUCCUCCUGGAAAGGCAUUACCUCCACCUUCACAAGAUUCACCACUGAAUAAAUCAUCUGGCUCCUCGGGAAGCAAUCUCUCGUCACCACCUGAUCAUUCAUCAUCCACCGCAAAUGUGACAAUAGUAGCUGCAAUAGCUGUGGCAGGCAUAUUGAUUCUAGCCGUUGUCAUUGUCUGCCUAUUAUGUAAUAGAAGGAAGAAGAAACAACCAUACUAUGUAGAUCCCGCACAUAUGCCACCACCAAAAGGUGGUGAUCCUUACUACAAUACCGCCACUUAUUCAAGCCCUAAUCCCAAUACCGAUCACAUUGUUACGUUAGCUCCACCACCAGGUGUAAUGGGAACUCCUCAAGAAGCUCAUGGGUGGGGCCCGCCGCCCCCACCUCUGGCUGCGAAUACGAGUAGUGAAUUCAGCUCAGGUUAUUCAAGUCAUGUCCCUGGAGGAGGGGCAGGGGCAGGGGCAGCAAUAUCCCCUAAUUAUGGUGGACUCUCAAAAAUUCAGUUCAGUUAUGCUGACUUAGCAACGGCCACAGGUGGAUUUUCGCAAGCUAAUUUGUUAGGCCAAGGAGGGUUUGGGUUCGUGCACAAAGGUGUUUUGACCGAUGGGAGUGUUGUCGCUGUGAAGAGUUUGAAAUCUGGGAGUGGACAAGGCGAACGAGAAUUUCAAGCUGAAGUUGAAAUUAUUAGUCGAGUUCAUCAUAGGCAUCUUGUUUCCCUUGUUGGAUAUUGCAUUGCUGAUGGACAACGUAUGUUGGUCUAUGAAUUUGUUCCCAACGGAACUUUGGAAUACCACCUUCAUGGUAAAGGUCGACCUGUCAUGGACUGGACACUUAGGGUUAAGAUUGCUUUGGGAUCAGCCAAGGGACUGGCUUACCUCCAUGAAGAUUGUCAUCCUCGCAUUAUCCAUCGAGACAUCAAGGGUGCAAACAUUUUACUUGAUAACAAUUAUGAAGCUAUGGUGGCUGAUUUUGGAUUGGCUAAACUUACAGAAGAUAAUAAUACUCACGUCUCAACUCGUGUUAUGGGAACUUUUGGGUACUUAGCUCCAGAAUAUGCAUCAAGUGGCAAAUUAACAGAGAAAUCAGAUGUGUUUUCAUUUGGAGUUAUGUUAUUGGAACUUAUAACUGGAAGAAAACCUUUGGAUACUACCAAUAAAAUCAUGGAGGACAGCCUAGUAGACUGGGCUAGACCCUUCCUUACAAAAGCACUGGAAGAGAAUAACUACGAUGAAUUGGCAGACCCGCGACUAGAAGGAAAGUAUGAUGCCGAUGAGCUACAUCGGAUGGUAGCCUGUGCUGCUGCUAGCGUUCGCCAUUCUGCUAGAAGACGUCCAAAAAUGAGCCAGAUUGUACGUGCCUUGGAUGGUGACGCAUCACUGGAGGACUUGAACGAAAAAGCUGGCAAGAACACAACUAAUUUUGGCGGCGCAAGUGGGCCCCCCACGGAUAUCUACGACACUCGUGCCUACAAUGCUGACAUGAUGAAAUUCAGGCAAAUGGUGAUGACAAGCAAAGAAUUCAAUAGCACUGAAUAUGGUGGUACAAGUGAUUAUGGACUCCAUCCUUCUGACACUAGCAGUGAGUUCAGCAGUGACUAUAAUCAUUCUGGAGUCCACAAGCAAGCAAAAUGAUCAAUUUGAUCUAAGGUAGAAGAAUUAUCUGUGUUGCUCGGACUCUGUAAAAAUAUUGUUGCAUGUGCAUGUGUCAGUUGACACUUUUGAAGAGUUCGCGAGCAACUUAGAGAGAUAUAAUUUUAUCUGUGUUGCUCGGACUCUGUAAAAAUAUUGUUGCAUGUGCAUGUGUCAGUUGACACUUUUGAAGAGUUCGCGAGCAACUUAGAGAGAUAUAAUUUAUUGAGAAAAGGAGAGUCAAGUAUUGGAAUAAAUCACAAUGUGGUGAUUUGGUUCAGUUCCUAUAUAUUUACAUAGGAAGUUAAUGAAUAUAAAUUACUAAUUUUAUUAGUUUCAAUGUGCAUAUGAAUAUUGUAAUAUUAUGCACGAACCGAAAAAAAAAAAGAUUUUUAUA